UUGACGAAUGCGUGAACAUAAUUCUAGAAUUGACGAAAACAGUGACACGCGAUUUUCAAAUCUCUAAGACUGUCGAAAAGUUACUUUAUUGUACAAAGUUAAGGUUAAACGAGCUAGGUAUACCCUGUAACCAGUCCAGGGUAUUUAGCAACCCCUCUGACGACAAAUCAUUCAAUCCUUUGUGACGUUCACCGUGAACUAUGUUAUGUAUGUUAAUCGCGCUAUUGAAGUUUUUUGUUCUAUAAACUAGUUAGAAACUUUACUUGUUUUUGUUCGAAUUGGGAUUACGUUUUUCAAAAAGUAGGAGAUAUGAGAGAUUGAUUGUGCAAGGAUAUUAGUGUAUAAGAAGUUGCAAGUACAGUCAAUUACAUAGUACCAAGGCAUUGUGGAGACUUUGCACGAUUUACAAAUAAAAAAAUCUUCGUAAUUUACUAUAUUGUGUGAUAAAACUAGAAACAAAAAUGUCAGUAUUGAAUCAAAGUGGGGAAGAUGCAGUGGAAUGUCCUUUGUGUAUGGAACCACUGGAAGUGGAUGAUUUGAACUUCUUUCCAUGCACUUGUGGAUAUCAAAUAUGUCGAUUUUGCUGGCACAGAAUUCGUACAGAUGAAAAUGGUUUAUGCCCUGCCUGUCGGAAGGCCUAUUCUGAAAAUCCUGCCGAUUUUAAACCACUUAGUAUGGAAGAAAUAGCAAGAUUAAAAGCAGAAAAAAGAUUAAAAGAUCAGCAACGUAAGCAAAGGGUUACAGAAAAUCGUAAACAUCUAGCAAAUGUGAGAGUAGUACAAAAAAAUCUAGUAUUUGUAGUAGGAUUACCCUUGAGACUUGCGGAUGCUGAUAUACUAAAACGGCAUGAAUAUUUUGGAAAAUUUGGCAAAAUUCACAAAGUUGUAAUAAAUCAAAGCACUUCCUACGCAGGGUCUCAAGGUCCUAGUGCUUCGGCUUACGUUACUUAUCAACGUCAAGAGGAUGCACUACGUGCUAUAGAGGCUGUGAAUAAUGUUGUCAUGGACGGGCGAACAAUUAAAACGUCAUUAGGAACAACAAAGUAUUGUUCACAUUUUAUGCGUAAUCAGCCUUGUCCAAAACCGGAUUGUAUGUAUUUACAUGAUCUUGGGGACCAGGAGGCAUCAUUUACGAAGGAAGAGAUGCAUCAAGGCAAACAUCAAGAAUAUGAACGAAAACUUGUGCAUUCGUUACACGCAUCACAUGCAUCUGCACAACGAAAACCAAUACCAUCACCAUCAGUGACAGGCAGUAUUGUUAGAGAGAAUGGAACUUCAAAUUCUCAAGCCAAAGAAGCUUGGCCAUCGUUGCAAACUGGACAGACAAAUAGUUCACAAACAAAUUGUAAAGAAUUAUCACCGCCAUCACAAGCAAUAUUACAACAAAACAACAUCACAAAUGGAAGUGGUACAACAAAUCAACAAAGUCACGUAUCAUCUGGUGGUUCAACACAACAACAAAACAAUAAUAAUAAAGGUGAAAAUAUGAAUAUACGGAGAGGGAAAAGUAAUAGUGAAAGUAAAGCUCAGGCAGCGCGGAAUAAACAUAAAAAUUGUCAGAACAAAGAAAAACAUAGUACACGGAUAACUUCUCGAUCAGAAUCUAGUUCUAUUGGUACGCAAAAUAAUGUACAAUCACAAAUUAAUGGACAAAAGGAUAUUAGAAAUUUUUCCUCCGAAUCAAAUAGUGAUGUAUUACAAAAAUUGGGUAGUAAGUGUAAGUCGGAACAACAACAAUCACAAUCUCAACAUCCGCAGCAGCCAUCGUCUCAACAACAAUCACAACAACAGCAACAACAACAACAACAACAACAAAAUAAUAAAGGAUCCAAAUCAGUUCAACAACAGCAACAACAACAAUCUCAAGAACUUAAAGUAAAUGGAAUAGUGCAAAAUGGAGAGCGUCGGCAUUCGGAUAGCGAGACAGAUCAACAACGUGAAGGUAGUACACCAGCUAGUACAAUUUCGAGUACGGAAGAUUCAAACGUGAAUCAUCAAGUGGAACAUUUAGCAGAAUCAAGUGAGGAGAACAGUGGUGCUGCUAUUUUGGGUUCCUCUCCAGCUAGCACAAACUCAUCACAAGGUGCCAAUCAACAGCCACCACCAGGACUGCAUAAUGGGUCUCAAAUACAAUUCAAUCAUCGAUCAAUCUUUCAGACGGACAAUAAUAGUUUCUUCAGUUCAAAUACUUUCCAAAAAAUUUCUACUACCACAGUGCCACCUACUUCUUUGACAGCAAAUCCAAAUCUGAAUUGGACAAGUACAGGCUUAACUUCUAUUCCUGAUUCAUUAAGAAUGGUUCAGUCCAGUGAAGAUUGGCAAACAGCUUUUGGUUUUCAACCUGAAACUACACAAACAAAUCAUGUUAUACAAAAAUCCAGUCCUUCUAGUUCACCAGGAGUAACAUUCAAUUCAGAAGGUUUUGUUGAUGAAGAAGUUUAUACUAAUUUACAAUAUACUUCUUUAUCAGAACCUUCUGGUACUUUUACAUCAAGUUUGCUUGUUAAUUCUCCUGCAUCUAAAUUCAUGGCAGAUUUUCAACAAAACUCAUUACAACAAAGGCUUGCUAUGCAGGCACAACAAAAUCAAGAAAAUUGUGAAUACAUAAAACAAAAUGGUCAUGCUACUUUGGAAGAAGUUCGAAAUCAUAAAGAAUCUGGCUCAGAUUUAAAAGCAGAUGAUGAUUUAGGUUUUGAUCCUUUUCAUGAAACACAGAAAGCUUUGGCUGAACUUAUGGAAAACGAAAUGCAAAUUCAACAACAAAGGUUGUUUCAACAACAACAACAAAGAGAAAGAGAAGAACAAAAUAGGGUACAGCAUCAACAGAAUAUUGCAAAUCUUGGUCAACAACAUUUUCCACAGGUUGCCCACAUAGCACAUUUACAACAACAGGCUCAACAUCUACAAAAUUUACAAGUUAUUCAACAGUCGCAUUCCUUGCUGUCUCGUCUUCCACAAAAUUUAUUACAAAGUGGUACGCAAACUCCUCCUCAGAGUACUGUGGCUGCUGCUAGCUUGGGACAACGUAGUCGCCUUCCACCACCAGGUUUCCCUGGUUCUACACCAAAUCACAUGAAUUCUUUUGGUCUUGGCAUACCGCGACCAGCUCCCACGAACAAUGCUCUUUCGGGAGCACAACCACCACAACAAAAUGCCUAUCUUCCAAAUGGAAAUCCCCUUUUGAAUUCACAAGGUAUUAGUAAAUGUGCGGGAGAUGCAGUAUAUACGCUUAAAGAUUGGUGUGAUAUUAAUAAUCAACAACAACAACAACAAUUUCAUCAUCAAGCAUUACAUCAAAAAGGCGGAUGGAAUAAUUUUGGACCUAUUGCAGACUGGACUUCGAUUGAUCCAGCUAUUGUUAGUUCUUCUAGGCCUCUUCCAUUCCAAACUACUAGUACAUGGCAAUUUCCACAUGUUCAUCCUACACACACUGUAUCACAUAAUGCGCAACAGGAACAACAGAACGCACCAACUCAACAUUGGGCAAUGCAGCCACCACCAGGUUUUGCUGCACCAGCAACUACAGGACAAUUGAGUAAUCAACAACCAAGCACAACUGCACAGCCGCACACUAAACUUAUCUCUGCAGGAUCAGAAAUCGAAAAUCUAUAAAUAAGUAUGAAUACGCGAAGUAUACAAGUGGCAGAUAAAACAUCCAUGUGAGACAAGAUGAAAGUCAACAAUGACCCAAAAAACCGACAGUCUGUUACGUACGUUUUCCUGACCCGUGUCUAUAUCUUUCAUUUAAUUUUAUUCCGAUACUUUAUUCUCAUUAGAUGAGUAUUUAUCGUUGAAAAUGAGUAUUGCAAAAAAUACUGAAUAUAAUUUAAUGGAUACUUUCGAAUAUAUGCGACGAAUAUACUCCUAUAUAUGUUCUCAAUAAUAUUCUCAUAUUUAACCUAUAGUAAAUUUGAACUAUUUACAAGUCUGGCAAUUUUACUAUGAUUAAGUUUAUGUAGAUCGAGAUGAUACAGG